UGACGGGUACAUCUGUUAGGAAACUUUAGUAUUAUAGGAUAGUUGAGGAGAAACUGAUGCAAAUAAAUUGCUGAGGUCGUCAAUAUGUAUAGAUCUCCUAGUCUCUUGUUUGUGUGCUGUGUCGUCAUAUCUUGUGUACAUGCGGCUAAAACCGUCCAGAAGCAUGACUCGCCAAUCAAUAAAGUUCACAUUGUAUUUAUGAACCAUCUAGAUGUCGGCUACUCUGACGGCAUCGACCUAGACGCAGGUUUCAUCGUCCAAGUCCUCAACCGUUACAUGACGGAGUACUUCGUCAGGGCCAUCAACACGUCAAGAACCUUAAUCCAGCUGGGCUACACGGAGAGGUUUAUCUACACAACCCACCCAUGGCUUGUCUCCCUUUACCUAGACUGUCCCAACAUCACAUUGCUGGGCGUCCCACUCAAGUGCCCUAGUCUUGCUGAACAAAAUGACUUCCGGCUUGCCGUCCUUGAAGGUCACAUUGCGUGGCACGCCAGCCCCUUCAACAUGCAGACAGACUUCAUUGGGACCUACCUGUUUGACGCCGGUCUCUCCAUGGCCAAGCGAUUGGACGCCAUGUUUAACAUCCACAGGAGCCACCCCACCAUGAGCCAGCGAGACGUACCGGGUAUCACUAAAGCUGUCCUACCAUCGCUACUGAUGAAUGGCAUCAAGGCCAUAUCUGUGGGUGUGAACCCUGGCACGGCACCCCCUGACGUCCCCUCCCCAUUUGUCUGGAAGUUUCGUGAAACAGAUCCUGAUGGCUUGAUGGCGUUCUGGGUCAAAGGUGGCUACCCACUGAACCCAGGGCCUGACCCCGCCCACCCCGGGGGUCUGGCCAGAGACAAAUGUAUCGUGGCUGAUGGUCUAGAUGAGGUCUUGUGUUUCGCCUUUAGAACUGACAACACUGGACCGCCGCUACAGAUCCAGGAAGUCCUGGGCUACUACGAGAUCUUACGCUCUGAGUUCCCGGGGGCUCAACUCGUAGCCUCAACGUUCGACAACUACGUGGAGGUUCUGGAGACCAUCAAACAAACGCUGCCCGUGAGAACGUUCGAGAUCGGCGACACCUGGAUACAGGGCAUCACAAGUGACCCCAAGAAAUAUUCUCAGUACCGCGCCUUUGUGAGAGUCUGGCAGAGCUGUCAGGAAUCAGGUGAGUGCGCUAACGACCCUCGAGUUAUCAACAUGGCGAGGUUCCUGGUCAAAUUACCUGAACACACCUGGGGUUCCCAUGGCGUCAUAGACUACAUAGCCUGGAGCAACGAGGCUUUGGAGGCUGCUAGACAAACCCAGCCGUACAAGACAAACGAAGACACCUGGAGAGAGCAGCGACAGUUCAUUGACCUUGCCCUUGACGCUCUAGGCGACCAUCCACUGAGGCAACAAGUAGAGCAGGAGUUCGACUAUCUGGUGGCUAGGGAGCCUGACCUUACAGGGUACUCUGAAGCUCAGGUCGACACGGACUACUACUGUAACAACGGCGUCAUCAUCAAGUUUGCCAGUGACGGCUCCAUCUCUCGGCUCUACGACCCAGUCAACCAGCAAGAGUGGGCCUCACCUACCUCUCGCCUGGGUCAGCUGAUCUACGACACGUACGUCGAGCAAGAUUUUAUCGACAUGGCCAAACAGUACAACUACGUGUCGGGGGUGGGCUACGAUAAGCCAAACAUGACACAAAACGCUCACCCUGAGAAGAGAAGAUGGGAGGUCACUGUGCUCAACUUGUAUAAAAAUAUCGGACUCAACAUCUCCAGCUGCGACUUUUGGGUUAAAGCAACAACAAAAGACGAGCAGACAAGGACAAAAUAUGGCGCCCCUAGAGUUUUCUAUGUCCAGUAUGUCUCCGACUCCUUAAUGCAGUGGGUUAACGUGACGCUGCUGAUGCUGGGUAAAACGACCACCAGACUCCCAGAGUCGAUCUCCUUUGGAUUCUCUCCUCAGUCCAAAGGUCAGAAGUGGUACCUGGAGAAGCUCUACCAGAUCAUUGACCCGUGUGACGUAGUGCUCAACGGCAGCCAAUAUGUUCAUGGUAUCUCUACAAGUGUGUACCUGGUAGAUGAGAACUAUAAAGGCCUUCAGCUGUACAGUCAAGAUGUGCCUUUGGUCCUGAUUGGGACAACUGACCACAUCGAUUCACCUUUCCCCGUCCCCCUCCAGCCCUUCCCCUGCUCCAGCAUCACCAACAUCUCCUUCAACCUCUACAACAACAUCUGGAACACCAACUACCCCAUGUGGUACCCAUAUAACCCUGAGGAUGCAGAUUUUAAGGCUGAAUUCACCAUUUUAUUUAAACCCAAUUAACCUAGAUUUUAAACUGAAUUAACUAUCCUAUUUAAUCCCAACAUUUACCCUUGAUUUUUAGGCUGAUAUCAGCAUUACCAACAUAAUUUAAAGUUGAUUUAUCCAUUGUAUUUAAACCCUAACAACUUUUUUGUCUAUUAAUAAAGCCUCAUUGUUUUUAACUUAUUAUUUACAUUGUCAAAAGUGAGAAAAUUGCAUUUUGUUUAAUAAAUUCAAUAAAUGUACAAGCAUUGGUUCAUAAAAUACAUAAUGGUGCAUUCAAUUUAAAAUUGUGGACUAUAACAUUUUACACUAUCUAGUGAAACCAGAUUUAUAUUAAAAAUUUGGACAUUAAAGAUUUGGAUAGUAAAACUUUGGGCAUUAAAAAUUUGAACAUUUUCACAUUAAAAAUGUAAACAUAAAAGAUUUAGAUGGUAAAGAUUUGGGCAUUAAAAAUUUGAAAAUUUUUACAUUAAAAAUGUAGACAAAGAUUUGGAUGGUAAAGAUUUGGACAUUAUAAAAGCUGUAGAUGAAAGUUUUGUUAGCAGAUACAAACUUUUAUUACAAGUGUACAUUUUCACACUGUUGACUAAUUAUAGAUAUUAAUAUUAUGUGGCAGCCAGUUGGAAGGCUAUUUGCUUACUAUUAAAAACUAAUUUAUAUCCUUCAAGAUUUUAAAACAAGUAAAUUGGUAAAAAAAAAUUAAAAUUUUAAGCUUUUAUUGACAGAUUAAUGCAGAAAAGACCCAGAAAUGUAAAAUUAUUUUGAAACAAGGUUAAAUUUUAUUCAAAGUUCUGUUACUGGGCCUUAAAUACAGUAAAAACAGACAACUCAUAUGGUAAUGUUAGACAACUCUUCCAGAAAAAGAAAAUUAACAUGGGGCAGAUAAUGCAGUAGGGCCUCUAACUAUAGGCCUACAAUGUACUAUUGGCAGUAGAAAACUAAAAGAUAAUAAUAUUGACUGUAACUCAGAGUUUAGGAGCAAUUUAAAGUGAGUGGAG